UCGAAUUCACUGAGCGAGUAAAUGAAACUGACGCAACCGACCCGGUUCCCUGUCAGCCCUGGUCCACGAGAUCCUCUAAAAUGGUUCAACCCAACCUUGAUUUCAUGGCUCCUGAAAAUCAAAUCAACUCGAACUGCAGCAUAUUAAGCGAUAUGUUCUCGCUCGGGAUGGUGAUAUGUGCUAUUUAUAAUCAAGGGAGGCCGCUGAUACAAUCGGGAAACUCGCCACCUUCGUAUCUGAAGCAGAUGGAAACGCUUGAUGACGCUGUCCACAAUAUAUUGCCUCGGAUACCUAUUCCACUACAAGAAGCGUGCACGCGACUAUUGAGGAAAUCACCCGGUGCGCGUCCUACAGCUCAGCUGCUAACACUCAUCAAAUACUUCAGCGAUCCAGCAGUGCAGGCGCUGCAAUUUUUAGACGUCAUUAACAUGAAGGAUCCCACACAGAAAGCCCACUUUUACCGAAGCACACUGAGGGAGGUGUUGCCCUUUAUACCACGG